AUGACGGAUAAACAUGUGCUACUAGUUGGAUUAGCUUGUCUUGACAUCGUAAGUGUUCAUGAUCAUUACCCAAUAGAGGACACUGAUUCACGAUCAAUUAAACAGUUCUUGACCCGUGGUGGAAAUGCAGGAAAUACAUCUGUGGUAGCUUCUCAGCUUGGGGAACAAGUUGAAUAUCUCGGAACUAUAGCGUCUCAUGUAUUCUCUGAAAUUAUUGAGAAAGAUUUCCAGCAAUACAAUGUAAAAUUCGUGAAUUGUCGUUUCCAUGAAAACUGUCUAACACCGACAUCGUGUGUUAUCAUAAAUGCAACGAAUGGGACUAGAACUAUAUGGCAUGCAAACAAUUCUUUGCCUGAGCUCAGUGUGGACGACUUUUCUAAACUUAAUUUAUCUCAAUAUAGUUGGAUCCAUUUUGAGGGUAGGAAUAUCACUAACAUUUUGAAAAUGAUUACAAUUAUUGAGAACUACAAUUCAAGCAUUACUGACCACAUAAGAAUAUCAGUGGAACUUGAGAAGGCAAUAAAAAAAGAUAUCGACAAACUUCUACCCCUGGGCCAUGUGGUAGGUUUCAAAUGA